UUUUCUUUCGUUGCUUUGAGUCAAAUUGUAAUGAUGCAAAUUUCUAUGGUCUAGAAGGACCAAAUAUUCCAUGAAAUAUUCCUUCCGAUUAGGUUUUUGAACAUGUCGGACUAAAAUAUCAAAAAAUGGGACAGUAGCAUCAUAUGAAAUAGGGUUUUUGUGAGGAUCUUCGCUUAUAAGAAAGAGCAUUAGAGCGAAGAGUUUUUGCAAAGCAAAAUUGUGCGCUCAUCUCUGGUAAAUAUCGCCACAGAUUUGUGUUGAGAGAAGAAAAGAUGGAGCAGACUUUUAUCAUGAUCAAGCCCGAUGGCGUUCAGCGAGGAUUGGUGGGUGAAAUCAUUUCUCGGUUUGAGAAGAAGGGAUAUUAUCUGAAAGGUCUGAAAAUGGUCUCUGUGGAAAGAUCAUUUGCUGAGAAACACUACGAGGACCUCUCUGCAAAACCAUUCUUUGGUGGGUUGGUAGAGUACAUUAUUUCUGGCCCAGUGGUUGCUAUGGUCUGGGAGGGUAAAAAUGUGGUUGCAACUGGCCGAACAGUCAUAGGAGCAACAAACCCUUUAGCUUCUGCCCCUGGAACUAUUAGAGGCGAUUUUGCAAUCGAGAUAGGAAGGAAUGUCAUCCAUGGUAGUGAUGCGGUGGAAAGUGCAAAGAAAGAAAUUGCACUAUGGUUUCCAGAGGGUGUGUCAGACUGGCAAAGUAGUCUGCAUCCUUGGGUUUAUGAGUCUUGAGAUUUGUGAUCUGUUUUAAUAUCUGCAUUUGUAAUGUUUUUGGGACUUUACUGAGGUAUUUAUUUCAUCUCAAAUCCAAAGAGUAAAUUCUCUAGUAUUUUUGCUGGAGUCUUCUUUGAACUUGUUGCCUUCAUUAUGAAAUACAUGGUUCUAAGAUUUCCCUGUUUCGGGACUUGAUA